AUGGAAGAGUUUGCCCGUCUGCUGCAAGCAAUGUGGACAAGUUCAGUCAAUGAGGUUGUGAGUCCCAUGGAAUUUAAAAGCCAGAUACAGAGAUAUGCACCACGGUUUAUGGGAUACAAUCAACAAGAUGCACAAGAGUUUUUGAGGUUUCUUCUAGAUGGACUGCACAAUGAAGUUAACAGAGUGACAGUCAAACCCAAACCCAAUACUCAGGACUUGGACCAUUUGCUUGACACAGAGAAAAGUAGGCAAAUGUGGAAGAGAUAUUUGGAAAGGGAAGACAGCAGAAUUGUGGAACUGUUUGUCGGUCAGUUGAAGAGCUCACUCACAUGCAGUGAAUGUGGAUAUUGUUCUACUGUGUAUGACCCAUUCUGGGACUUGUCACUACCCAUUGCUAAGAAGAGCGUUUCAGAAGUGUCUUUAAUGGAUUGCAUUCGUCUUUUUACCAAAGAAGAUGUUUUAGAUGGGGAUGAAAAACCAACAUGCUGUAGAUGUAAAGUUCGUCGAAAAUGUAUCAAGAAAUUUACCAUCCAGAAAUUUCCCAAGAUUCUUGUACUUCAUCUUAAGCGUUUUUCUGAAGGCCGCAUAAGAAGUAGCAAGCUUUCCACAUUUGUUAAUUUCCCUCUUCGAGAUUUAGACUUGCGUGAAUUUUCUUCAGAACACAGCACUCAAGCUACAUACAAUCUGUAUGCUGUAUCCAAUCAUUCGGGUACCACCAUGGGAGGCCAUUAUACUGCUUACUGCAAGAAUACAAACAAUGGAGAGUGGUACACAUUUAAUGACUCAAGGGUUACUGCAAUGUCUUCCAGCCAGGUGAGGAGCAGCGAUGCCUACGUGUUAUUCUAUGAGCUAUCAGGACCUUCGUCCAGGAUGUAG